AUCGAAAAACAAAAUGGCGGACGAAAAUGACAAAGUUUUAACAAACGGGAGUGGGACAAAUCAUUCGACAGAAGAUGAGGAAUUAGAAGGUAUUAAAGCUUUGGAUGAUUUUUUGUGAAUUCAUGACUUCGCAACUCUUUUUGUGUGUUGACAUUGAAAUAUUUUCUACAUUUAUAAAUAGCAAUAUGUCGUAGUUUAAAUUCUGGUAUAAUCUGGUUGUUUUCUGAUAGAAUUUCAAGCGUUGGACAACGAGUUAGACCAGUUGGAUUCGUGUCUAAGUGUUCUCGAAGGGCGGAAUGAAAAUCUACAUUCAGAAUGUGUUAAAGUUUUAGAACGGAUGAAAGAAUUGCGACAACAAAAUACAAAUGGAGAGAGAACAUAAAUAUUUGUAGUCUAGAACCAAGUUCCAAUUAGACUGAAUAGGACGUCUUCGCAUUUUAAACGUACAUCCUCGCAGGAGCGCAUUGCUUAUUGAAAAACAUUCACCACCAAGGAUGGAAACAAACAUUCAAAAUGAGAAUAUAUUUAAAUAAAUAGAUUAAUAAGUUAUUAAUUAUGAAAUAAAACUAAAUUAACUAAUGAAACAAUUCAAACAAUGUAAUAUUCUAGCCUGUGAUAUUAGAAAAUAAACAUAAGUGUCUGGU